UAGGCGGCGGGACAAGGAGCACCCGUCCCCGGCGCCAGAGAGUCGCCUUCCACGGAGACCAGCGGACCAGUGGGCGAACAUGAAGUCCAACCCUGUCAUCCAAGCCGCCAUCGACCUCACCGCGGGGGCUCUCGGGGGCACCGUGUGUGUCCUGACCGGGCAGCCCUUCGACACGGUGAAAGUGAAGAUGCAGACGUUUCCAGGCUUGUACAAAGGCGUCACCGACUGCUGCCUGAAGACGUACUCCCAAGUGGGCCUGCGCGGCUUCUACAAGGGGACUGGCCCGGCCCUGAUGGCCUACGUCGCUGAGAACUCUGUCCUCUUCAUGUGCUACGGCUUCUGCCAACAGUUUGUGAGGCAAGUGGUGGGGCUGGACAAGCAGGCAAGGCUGAGCGAUCUGCAGACUGCAGCCGCCGGUUCCUUGGCCUCUACAUUUGCUGCGCUGGCCCUGUGUCCCACUGAGCUUGUUAAGUGUCGGCUACAGACCAUGUACGAAAUGGAGGUGUCAGGGAAGAUAGUCAAAAACCACAAUACAGUUUGGUCAGUCGUGAAGGGUAUACUUAGGAAGGAUGGGCCCUUGGGCUUCUACCGCGGACUCUCGAGCACUCUACUUCAAGAAGUACCAGGUUAUUUCUUCUUCUUUGGUGGCUAUGAACUGAGCCGAUCGUUUUUUGCCUCGGGGAGAUCAAAAGAUGAACUAGGCCCUGUCCCUUUGGUGUUAAGUGGUGGAAUUGCUGGGGUUUGCCUUUGGCUUGUCAUAUACCCAGUGGAUUGUAUCAAAUCCAGAAUUCAGGUUCUUUCCAUGUCUGGAAAACAGGCAAGAUUUAUUGGAACUCUUUUAAGUGUUGUGGAAAGUGAAGGAAUAGCAGUCUUAUAUUCUGGACUGGCAGCUUCAAUGAUUCGAGCGUUCCCUGCCAAUGGGUCACUGUUUUUGGCUUAUGAAUACAGCAGGAGGAUGUUGAUGAGCCAGUUUGAAGCAUACUGAAAGGUCUUGGUGAACUCAGAUCCAAACACACACCUUUGGGGACUAUAGUCUAUCUCAGGGUUUCAUGGAGUACUGGACCAACGUGGAGUUUUUUGUUUUUUUUUUUUACUUCAUGGGAAUAUUGUUUUUGUCUUCUACCCGAAAUCUUAAACUUUAUGUAAGAACCUCCAGUUUUUCAUUAUAUAAUUUCUGCCCAUCAUUGUAUUGAUAUAGAAAAGUUGCUGUUCUUGUGUUUGGUGGGAUAUACAGAAUGAAGGGGUGGCCCUAUCUACCUAAUCUGAAAGACUAAAUAUAGUUAUGUCUUGGCUCUUGCAUAAAUCUGUACUUGUACAUAUGUUUAGUUGGUUAUGUGUUGUGAGUGAAACACAAUUUGGUUCCAUGUUUAAUUUCAUAUCACCAGAAAAAACAAGUUAACUAUGUUUCAUGAAGAUGGUUACAAAUGAUUGAUGAACCCAUUCAAGAUGUAGGUUCUUUUUAAA